AUGGAAUCAGAAGAGAGCAUGGACGAAACUCCGAACGACGAAGACUUUUCCUCUAUGGUCGCCAAUCAUGCCCGAGCUCACUCAUUAGUCACGAGUACUGAAAAAAUCUCUCAAUCUAUCUUAAUAAAGGAAGACGAUGGAUAUAUCAAUAUAUUGUCGCCAGGAGAGGGUGGAUCGAUGGUUAUAAAACUAGAGCUUUACCCUUUCAAAGAGUGUGUAAAACUCAACAAAAAUCAAUAUUGGACGAAGCGAAUAUAUUUGUGUCUAGGAGUGACCUCUGGAGAGGAUUCGCGUGCAUACAAACUAGCGAUGAAACUAAGAUACGAACUGACAAGACUGGUAGAUUUUAGGGUUUAGGUUUUACCUAUUCGAUACAAUCGUGUCCCAUCACUCGUGAUACCUUCCUACCUCCGUGCCUUUUUAUUAUCUGAAGUCCUUGGGGGUAAUCCGAGAAUAUCGUAACCUCACUUCCGCAAUCGCAGCCGGGUCGAGCAGACGUAGCUCCCAAUAUAUAAAAGCUGAGAAGUCAAGUAUCACGGCGAUCGACGCGUUUGUCUCGCGAACAAGUGAUAUAGAGUGUGGUGCACCACUAGGAAAUAAGACGCGCGUCCAGAACAUCCAGCACGCUGGGACGUAGUGAACCAGGUACGCCCCCAUCCUUUUCCUUGUGAUUCACCAAAGACAAAUAAUGAAUCUAAAGGAUGUCAAAGUAGAGAAAAAGGUACAAACAGUGGCAACACUGGUAAUAAAAAAAGUAAGCCUCGGCCAUUUUGUCUGUGCCAUCAACGAAAGUUAGAUGUGAUUAGUGUGCAAGACUUGUCAGAAAGAGGUAAACGAUUUCAACGUAAAAAAUGGCGUGAACGAGCUCAGAAAAGUAGGGAGAGUAAAAAAGUGAGAGAAGAUAUGUUACGACGUCUGCGAGAAGAUUCACCACCAUCAUCACCUGCAGACGCGAUUGAUCGUGAUGAAGCAGCCUUCCAUUCUCGACUUAGAAUCCAACCCGCCUGCUUAUCCUGA